CCUUUUAACUCUUCCAGCAGCAGCCGCUGCAGCAGCAGCAGCAGCAGCAGCAGCAGCAGCAGCAGCAGCAGCAGCAGCGAUUGCCGCGAGCUGCGCAUACACCCCAACUUCUUGAGGUGUACGUACACCGUAGAUAUGGCGGCGUUCGCUGAGUUGGCGCUCUGCCCUGAGCUCGUCUCUGCAGCAGAAGAUGAAGGCUGGGCGCUGCCGACACCCAUACAAGCAGAGGCAAUACCCCUUAUUCUAGGGGGUGGAGACGUCUGUGCAGCAGCAGAGACGGGGAGCGGCAAGACAGCAGCAUUUGUGUUGCCUUCGCUGCAGCUGAUGCAUGAAGCACUACGCGGAGUUGCUGUUACUCCUGCACCGGGAACGACCCAGUCUGCUGCUCCAGGGAAUAAGGAAUGGCAGCAAGACGGCAGCGACCGCGACAUGCAGAUCCUGUGGUCGCUGCGCCCUGCAGCAGCAGCAGCAGCAGCAGCAACAGGAGCAGCAAAAGCAGCAGCAGCAGCUGCUGCUGCUGCUGCUGAUGCUCCCCCAACUGUUCAUCUUUUAUUGUUGGGUUGCAGCAAAUUCCUUGACUACGGCUGCUCCUUUGGGCCUGGCGACGCAGUGGGCUGUGUCAUUGACCGCAGCAGCAGCAGCAGCAGCAGCAGCAACAGCAGCAGCGGUUCUGUAUCUUUUUAUUUGAACGGUCAGCCCCUUGGUGAAGCUUUUCAGCUUCCGUUGUCUCUUGCUUCUUCCCCGCUGCGGCCUGGUGUUUGCGGUAGAGGGUUUGAGGUGGAGAUCCGCUUUUCUCACUUUUUAUAUCCCAUAGACGGCGUUACUCCUGUAGCAGAUUUGACUGCAGCCGACUCCGUGCCUGCUGCUGCUGCUGGCAGCAGCAGCAGCAGCAGCAGCAGCAGCAGCAGCAGCAGCAGCAGCAGCUUGCAGGGGUCUGGACCUCUUUGCAUCUGCCUCGCCCCCACACGAGACCUCGUCAUGCAGACCUACAACUGCUACAAGCGAUUCGGAAGAGUGCUUGAGAGGCCCCGCAUUAAUAUUGAGUCCUGCACUGGAGGGGGACCAGGGGGCCCCUCAUCUCACCGUACCGACUUCAAAAGUGUCGAUGUGUUGGUGGGUACACUGGACAAAACCCUCGACCUCGUGCGUCGGCGCGUAGUUCCGCUGAGCCGUCUGCAAAUUUUAAUAAUUGAUGAAGCCGAUGAAGUUGUUAAAGAGCAGGGAACUAAGAAACUCCUCGAGCUGCAGCAGCAGGGUGAAGCAGCAGCAGGACGGCGUCCGCAGACGCUCUUCUUCUCUGCAACACUCAGAACAGAAGCAGCAGCAGCAGCAAUUUCUUUGUUAGCUCCGCAUGCAUGCUGGGCAGACCUCAAAGGCACAGCAGUUCUACCAGACAGCGCAAACGUCGUUGUCUAUACAGUCGACCCCAAACAAAUAGCGGUUGCUCUUGCGGACGCGCUGAAGAUGGAUUGCUGCAUGAUUGUCUGCCGCACAAAUCUAGACUGCGAUAUCUUUGAGAAAUAUUUAAUUAAAUUAGGAGGCGGGAAGCGGUUUGCUG